AUGGCGGCUGUUUUGGAGCUGCUGCUGCAGGAGGAGGUGCCGGUCAGCGCCGUGGUGCGGUGGCUCCGGCACGGCCCCGGCCACCGCCCAGCUGAGGAGAACCACAUCCAUGACAAGCUGGUAUCUCUUAGUUUGCUUCAGAAAGACUUUGUGCCUUUUCUGCUAAAUUUUUUAAGGGAGCAGACCAGCCAGAUCCUGACUAAUGGACCCUCUACUCCUGCUAAAACUCCUAAUUCCAAGGCCCAUGGGAGCCAAAGGACUGGAACAGAAAGGAGGGCAGGCCAUGCAACCAGCAGCCGAGUGCAGCUCUUUUCCCAAAGGACUUCGGUGACCACCUGCACCACAGAUAGCAGCUUUUCUCCUGCUGCGGCAUCCAGUGGCUCCUCUUCCUUUUCUGGGUCAAGCUUGUCUAGCCCGUGUGGUGACUUCCCUAGCGUGGUCUCCAGUAGCAGCCCGAGCUUUGGGUACAGCCCUGUGCUUAACCACAGUGAGAAGCGGUCGUCUCAGAAGGCCAGCUUGGGGAGCUUCCUUACAGCCACGCCUGAAGCCCUGCCAGCGAGACGAGGCCGAAGGAAAGCCAACAGCUCAGUCAGUGCCUCUGGCCGGCAGGUAGCUCGGGAUUUGGGGCGUUCCCUUGUUGAAGAGGAAGAUGGAAAGAAUGACAGUGCAUCGUGGAGCGGAGGGAGAAGGAAGCGGAGUGAAGUGCCUCUUGUUUCUGCCAGAUCCCCACCCAGCCAGCUAAAUCUUAACAACUUGGAGGAGUUUCCGCCCAUGGGUGCUGCCUCUGGCUGGACAAACAAAAGCAAACCAUCAAGGCGAAUCAACCCAACUCCUGUAAGUGCUGAGCGCCCCCUCUCAAAACCAAAGAUGUGCUUCACUUCUACACCUGUCAGCCAGUCUCCAGCUGCUCGGUUUUCAUCUGGGUCAAGCCUUGAGGCCUUUACUACUGUCCAGGAAGGAAACCUUACACCUGUGAUAAGCAACAGCCUUCAAGAGGAGAGGGAGAUGCUGAAGAAAGAACGGUGUAAAUUGCUGCACCAGGCAUCUUCUCCUGCAGGGAUAUCUCUUGAUCCUGGCACUCCUACUAAGCCUAGCUACACUCGCAGUGCUAGCCUUCCUGCUGAAAGCCAUCUGGUGACCUGUGCAAAUCCUACUAAGGUUUCCUGCAAGAAACAGUUGGAGCGUCUGGCACAGCUCUAUUCGUCAUGUAUAGCAGAAAACUUGGUACCAAAUAUUUUUCUGGAGCUCUUUUUUGUUCUGCAGCUGUUGACAUCUAAAGGCACUUCCACUGCAGAAGAUGGGGAUAAUGACCUUGAAGGAAAUGAAAAAAGUAAAGAUGCAUCAGGGAGACAGCAUUUCCGAAGUGUGCACAAUUGUGUUUAUUUUGCUGUUCAAGUCUUGGAUUAUCAGUAUGAAAUUAUUGCCCAUUUAGAAAAGGGGACACUGAAGCUCUUGGCUGAAAAUGAACGGAUUGCAUCUUUUUCUCCCACCUUGCACGAGAGGCUCAGGCAGGCUUAUGAAAGCAGCACAGCCAAGGUGUCUCUCCUGCUGCCAUGCUCUGUACAAUCUGUUUCUUUCCAGCCAGAAACUGACAAUCGCUCUAACUUCCCCAGUGACAGAGCAUUUCACAUAUUUAAGAAGCAAAGGGAUAUCUUUUAUGAACUGCUGCGUGAAUGGGAGGAUAACCAUGAAAAAACUGGCUGGGACUUUGAAAGAGUUCUGGGCAACAAGAUCAGGGCCAUGAUGGCUCACCUAUCUGCAACCUGCAACCACAGCCAUUUUGCCAGGCUAUUUCAGAAACAGCUUAUCCAGAUGUGUAAAGGUCCUAUUGGUGGUGGUGCAAGCUGGGGAGACACCCCAGACCAGGAUGUCCUUAAUAUGCUGGGCUCUGAUAAUCUGAACCGUCUGAAGAGGCUGCAGGAAAGAUUUGUCGUUCCUCAGAGCAUCAGAGGACCUUGUCCACCCCCUUCAUUCCCAGGGUGCCAGCAGUUCUUCAGAGACUUCAUCCUCAGCGCAGGAAGUUACCAGUUCAAUCAGCACCUGAUGGAUAGUCUGUGCCUGAAGAUACUCGAGCUGGAUGGCCUUACUCUGGUGGAGCACGAGCACAGUGAUGGGGAAGCAGAUAUGGAUGAACAGGAUGAAAAGAAGCGUUUCACUGUGGUCCUGUUAAGCCUACGACUCCUCGCCAAGUUCCUGGGGUUUCUUGUUUUCUUGCCAUAUCGCACUGUGGAGCAACCAACUAGAGACUUGCAAGACUCUGCAGUAGCGUUAAGAAACCAAACCCUGCCUGUACUGGAUGUAUUGAAGCUUCUGAGAAAAUCUAUUAGGAAUCAACGUUCUAUCCUCACUGUUCCUUGGAUUGUGGAGUACCUUUCCCUUGUGGAUCAUAUUGGUCCUUUCCUUGAUUACUACAGGAAAGUAUUUUGUCUCUUGCUGCAGGUAUACAGGUUAAUGGUCCUUUCUGAAGAUAAGGAGAUGAGUUUCCUGAACAAGUUGCUGCUCCUUGCAGUUCUGGGUUGGCUUUUUCAGAUUCCAUCAGUCCCUGAAGAGUUGUUUUUUACCACUGAUGUCAGGCAGGAGGGAUUGUUGAUGGAUACUGUGACAUCUGCUCAGGCUUUGGACUCUGUACCCUUGGUGGAUCAGCAGUUACUUUAUACUUGCUGUCCCUAUCUUGGUGAGCUGCGGAAACUACUUGCCUCUUUUGUGGCUGGUAGUGGAGCAAAAAAUGGUGGCUUUAUGAGGAAAAUCACUCCAACAGCUGCAGAGUCCUUGGCACCCAAGGCUUCUGUCACACAGCGGAAACUGCAGGUAGAGUUGGAACAGGCCUUCUUCCACAACCAGCCUCCCUCCCUACGGAGAACAGUUGAAUUUGUGGCAGAGAGGGUGGGAUCCAACUGUGUUAAACACAUCAAGGCAACACUGGUAGCAGAGUUGGUUCAAAGGGCUGAAGCCAUGUUGCAGGAUAAAGUGAAGGAGGAGGAUGCUAAUCAUGACAAGCUGCUUGAAGAGGUGUGCACUCAUCUGUAUGAGGAAGGGGCCCUGGCACUCAUCAAAGGCAGAGAAUUUUGCAAAAAGAAAGGUCCUGAGGCGGUGAGGGUGUUACUGCCAGAAGAGACAUCUGCAGCAGUUUUAAGUAGUGCAGAAGACAUUGCAGUGGAACUGGCUACUGAGAAAGCCUGUGGCUGGCUUUCUGCCAACAUUGCAGCACUCAUCAAAAGAGAAGUGAAAGCAACCUUCAACAGAAUGCUGAAAGUCCCAGGACUUCCCUUGCCCAGCGAGGAUGCUCUGGAGUUGAGAAGGGACUGCCCUCCAGGCUGUCAGCACUCCGCUCCAUUUCCCUCCCAAAUCAUCAACGAGCUUAAGGAUGUGCUCUGUGUUGCUGUGGGCCCACGGGAUGAAUGUGAAGUGGUUGACUACGUCUGGCUGGAGUGCCUGCUAGGAAGAUUGAGUCAGACACUUCGAUGCAGAAAGUUCCUGUGUCCCACAUCAGAACAGCAGCUGGCAAAGUGCACGGUUGAGUUGGCUGCUUUGCUGGUUUCAGAUCGUGUUCCGCUGAGUCUCGGGAUCAAGUCCCCACAGAAGAGCUCCGAGAGGCUGUAUGUAAAGAGUAAUCCCACCUAUGGCCUUCUAAAACUGCUGCUUUCUGUCUGGAAAGAGGACUUCGGGACACCUGUUCCUGUGCAGCUGAUGUUCAGCAAGAAGAACAUUGGUUAUCUUGCAGAAGUUAAGCAGCGAGAGUGGGAUUUGUUCCUUUUCGUGCUUCAUGGUCUUGUAGAACAUGAACUAAUGAGAAGUAGUGAAAUAGAGAGUUGCUUGCAUAGCCUCGAAGAGCUCCCUUGGCCCUCAGAUUUCUUAAAAGAACUGGAAAUGCUGUCCAGAGUAUUUAUGUCAGAACAUCGUAUAGAAAAGCCCAGGACUAACGCUUGUGAGCUGACCAGACAAUCUCUAGGUACUGUGACAGCACAAAGUUAGCGAAGGUGGACUCUCUGUGGACAAAAAUUACUAAUGAAGAUGCAAAUGGAAUUUGUAGUGUUUCUGAAUGCAUUGUAAGCUCUUUGCUGGGAGUGUACUGUAGAUAAGAGGUCAUGGUGCAACACCUGCACUGGGCUUUCUGUUCAUGGACAUUUUGCCGUGGUGACUAUGCUGAAGGAUUUACAUCAGCAAAUGGAUCUCCAAGU